UUUUUUUAAAUGGGUUUAGAAGCAAAAGGAUGUGAGUUUUACAGCUAGUUAUGAAUCUUCUCAAAUUUACUGACUUCUGUCUGACUCUUGGGCCAGCACAAUGCUUCUGCUGUUCAAAGAAAACCAGUCCAAAUUAGUAUGUAUAAGCCACUCGUUUUUAUGCUGCUAACAAAUGCUGCUUACUAGGGCAUUUAUCACUGCUGCUGAGGGUCAAAAGUUGGGGAUGUUCUUUAAUGACAGGAUUUUUCUGUUCUUUAGCAGAUUUUUUAAAAAAAAAAAAGUUUGGAGUUUUUGUUUACUGGAACUGCAGGAUUUAAAAGGGUUUUUUAAAACUGGGUUGGAAUAUCAUGCCUUGCCUUUUCCUCGCUUGUAUUUUGUUAGCUGUCUUUUAGAGCAGUUGUAUGAAGCGACUGAGAGCAAAGAGUGUUCCUAGAGCGGAGAUAAGGGACGGUGUUGGGUAACGUUGCUGUUUCAGUAUGGUGUAAAAUAUGAGCUUUUGCAAAGAGCUUGGAUGUGUUAGCUCUGUACGGUAGCGUGCUGGUCGUAUGGAAGUGGGAGCUGACGUGGGGAUUGGGGAGCACGGGUAGUGCUGGGGAGGUACGGGCAGUCAGACCCACAGCAGGCUGCUGUGUGAGGUUAGUGUGUAGUUUAGGAGACAAACAUUUAAACUAAAAAAGAAAUCCUGCUUUCAACAGGUUCUUUGGCUUUGCUUUCCAGUUUAUUUCCAUGCAGAUGAAUAGAUGGUGGCAAAAAAAUUGCUAUGAGGGUUGUCCUUUUCCUGCCAUCACUUUCUGCUCCUGCAGUGCAGCUUUCUCAUUUGCCUGCCACUGGGAAUAUUCUGCUUUACUGUAAAAGGUUUCCUGGCUGCAAGAGAGAACAUCAGAAGUUCUUGCUGCUAGUGUGUGUGCCGGGCAGAGCAAAACUGGUGUUUCGGAUCACAAGCAAACUGCGUGGCUCCUGUUCAGACACAGCUUGCUAGUGAAGUGAGUGCCUAAGCGAGAGCUUUUUCAUGGUGAAAGGUGCAGCCCUUUUCUUACAACAAGGAAACAGCUCCCAGGGCCAGCGAAGUCUACAGCAUCCUCACAAACAUGCAGGUGAUUUGCCCCAGCACCUCCAGGUGAUGAUCAACCUCCUUCGCUGUGAGGAUAGGAUCAAACUGGCUGUCCGUUUGGAAAGUGUGUGGACAGACAGAGUCCGGUACAUGGUGGUUGUAUACAGCAGCGGACGACAGGACACAGAAGAGAAUAUUUUGCUGGGUGUGGAUUUCUCCAGCAAGGAGAGUAAAAGCUGCACUAUAGGAAUGGUUCUUCGUCUGUGGAGUGAUACUAAAAUCCAUCUUGACGGUGAUGGCGGCUUCAGCGUGAGCACCGCAGGGAGAAUGCACAUCUUCAAGCCAGUGUCGGUGCAAGCCAUGUGGUCUGCUUUACAGAUCCUUCAUAAAGCCUGUGAAGUUGCAAGAAGGUAUAACUACUUCCCAGGUGGGGUGGCUUUGGUCUGGGCCACAUACUAUGAAAGCUGCAUCAGCUCUGACCAGAGCUGCAUCAAUGAGUGGAAUGCGAUGCAAGACCUGGAGUCCACCCGCCCCGACUCUCCAGCCCUGUUUGUUGACAAGCCAACUGAAAGAGAACGAACAGAACGCCUCAUUAAAGCCAAACUCCGGAGCAUCAUGAUGAGCAAAGACCUGGAAAAUGUGACUUCUAAGGAGAUACGAAAUGAGCUGGAGAAACACAUGAAUUGCAACUUGAAGGAAUUCAAGGAAUUUAUAGACAAUGAAAUGCUGCUUAUCCUGGGUCAGAUGGACAAACCGUCUCUGAUUUUUGAUCAUUUAUAUCUGGGGUCCGAGUGGAAUGCAUCCAACCUUGAGGAGCUGCAGGGCUCGGGCAUUGACUACAUUUUGAAUGUGACCAGGGAAAUUGAUAAUUUUUUCCCUGGUUUGUUUGCCUAUCACAACAUCCGAGUAUAUGAUGAAGAGACAACAGACCUCCUGGCUCACUGGAAUGAGGCGUACCACUUUAUAAAUAAGGCCAAGAAGAAUCACUCCAAGUGCCUGGUGCACUGCAAAAUGGGUGUGAGCCGGUCCGCAUCAACUGUUAUAGCUUAUGCCAUGAAGGAAUUUGGCUGGUCACUGGAAAAGGCCUAUAAUUACGUCAAGCAAAAACGCAGCAUUGCAAGACCGAAUGCAGGCUUCAUGAGACAGCUUUUGGAAUAUGAAGGCAUUUUAGACGCCAGCAAGCAGCGCCACAAUAAGCUGUGGAAGCAGCAGGCAGAGAGCAACCUGCCCCAGCACACAGAUGGCACCACGGGGUCGGGUGACUUCUUACUCGAGAGCUUAGACAUCGACCUAGAAAACCGCCUGGCUGACCUGGACAUGCCUUCCCAGUCAGCGUACCUGGACAACCGAGCCGGCACAGAAGUGUCUGUGGGGUUUAAUUACUGCUUCCGUCGCCUGUCGGACACGCUGCUGGAGAACAAGAUUCCCAGUGACAGGGAGGGCUUUUUCCAAGUGGAGGAGCUGGAGCGGGAUGCGCUUGCGGAGCGCACUGCCUCGCUGGUGGGACAGCCUCUGUCUGCACCUUCAGAGGGAAGGCUGCUGGAGACAACAAAAGCCCUGGAGACAGGAGAGCCGCUGGCAGAGCUAAGCAGUUUCUGCGAGAAGCAGGCAAAGAAGAAACUGGACUUCAGCCCCCUCAAGGGAAGGAUAGUGCUGGGCCAUGGGGACCCAGGGGAGGACCGUGUCAGGGAGGAAAACCCAAUGGAGAAGUGGAAGCGGCGUUUGUCCAUGCACAAGGAGGAGAGCAGGCUUAAUAGAGAGAACUUGAACAACAACAACAGCAAAAGGAGUUGCCCAGAGGAUUUUGAGCACGAUGCCGUAUUUGGGAUCCUCAGUAAGGUCAAGCCUUCCUACCAGUCUUGCGCUGACUGCAUGUAUUCCUCGGCCGGUUUGUCUCCCGACUCCUUUGGGGAGCAGUGCGAAAAGCUGAACGCCAGCACAGCGCGUCGCAGCACCACGAUCUGCACGCAACCGGCCCUCCUCUCCCACAUCAAUUCCAACUUGGCGGACCACCUGCCCAGCAAGGCGCACUCAGAGGAAGCAAUUAGAACUAAAAAUAAUGAGGCUCCGCUUCCUCUGUCGGCAGGAACUGGUACUUUGGAGGCUGGUGCUUGUAAAUCACUUGAUCAACACUGCAGCAUUUUGGAGAAAGGCAAAGAUGCACCAAAAAACCCAGUCAAAACUCUGCUGCCCAGGAGAAACUCACACUGUGACAAGGGCCUCCUUAAUGCAGAAGUGGUAAGAGAAGAGUCUCUAGCCAGAAAAGACAGCAGAGCUACCAAGGAUCUGAAGUACUUGUUCAGCAAAGACUUGGAAAAGCCAAGUGCAAACAGUUACUUGAUGCAGCAUCAGGAGUCUCUUAUUCAGCUGCAGAAAGCAGGCUUGGUUAGGAAGCAUACCAAAGAGCUGGAGCGGCUGAAAAGCCUGCCCUCCGACGCCUCGUCGCUGCUCAGAGAGAGCCCCCUGAGCAGAGUGGACUCGAGCAUCGUGGAGGAAAGCGAGGAUUUGAUUUCGCAUCACGGCCUCGUACCUCUUCUGGGACCAGCAGCGCUGAUAACCGAAGGUGCAGCAAACAACGUGGAGAAGUUGGAGGUGAAAUGCGUCUUAGAGGGGUUCCCUCAGAAAACCUCCACCCCUGUCAUGUGUCGUUUGGAGCACACGAGCAGUUUCACCAAGGACUUCCUGAAGACCAUCUGCUACACCCCCUCCUCCUCCCGGAGCUCCAACCUGACGCGGAGCUCCAGCAGUGACAGUAUCCACAGCGUGCGGGGCAAGCCCGGCCUGGUGAAGCAGCGAACUCAGGAAAUUGAGACCAGGUUGCGGCUGGCUGGCUUGACUGUGUCUUCUCCUCUGAAAAGGUCCAAUUCUCUCGCCAAGCUAGGAUGUCUUAACUUGUCUUCUGAGGACUUAUCAAGUGACAUGGAUGUAUCGACCAUAACGGACUCAAAAGAGGCCGUUUCAAUCGAGUCUUCCAUGCUCUGUGAGCCACAAUCCACGCUGAGGAGUGCAGAUGUCACCUCCAAACUGGCAGCGAAGCCAGUGGUUGGAAACUUGAAGAAUAUGCUUUGGAUGGGCAAAAGCUGAUGCCUUCGGGGGGGGGGGGGGGGGUAGGGGAGUGGAUUUUUACCACAUUUAUUCAUUGCACCGAUGCAGUUUUACCAUCUGACUCGCAGUAGUUCAUCUGAUGCCACCUUUUCUUCCCCUCCUUGUACUCUGAGCAGGGAGAAAAAACCCAUAAUGGGUCAUGAUGAAUGGCAUAAGGGAAAAUAAAAUGUAUUGCAUGGCUUAGAAGAGGAUUUUGUGUGUGAAUUGCCUGUUGUCCUGCAGGUUGCUAUUUCUAGUACUGUUUGCCAAGUAUAAUAAUGUGUUAUUGUGUGUGUAUAUAGAUAGAUAGAUAUUUGUAUCUAUUUAUCUAUAUAUAAAAUGCUGAAAUAGGCUGUUUUCAAAGACUCAACAAAAUAGUCGCGACUUUUUUUUUUACAGAACAAACACAAGUCUCUAGUUAAAACAGGGCACUUGUGGAAAAAUCCUUAAAAUGGUGACAUGAACACUACCUCUGUUCUUGCUGACUUUUAGUCUUGGUUGGUUGGUUUGUUUGUUUUUUAAAAAGGCUUUUCCCACAAUACUUAACUGUUGUUUGAAGGUAUUCCCUUCAUGUUAACCGUAAAGGCCUGGAGGAGGAUGGAGACAGAGGCUUUCCUGCACCGAGUGACCUAGCUGUGAAGUGAAGGAGUAUCGAGCUGUGUUCGUGUUGACGGUGUGACCUGGCGUUCGUGUCUUUGCUGCGUGACCGGGUGAAUAGUCAUAGUCUCGUGUUGGUGCUGGAGUGACACCCAGACUGUGUCGCUGUCGCAGGCUUACGCUCCCGUGGAGAGGCGUUGUGUUCUUUGGGUGUUGUUGCUGUUGUUGUGGUUUGUAAUGUCCCAGUACUAAUGACAAACCUGGCCAGUAAGUGACCGUGGACCCCCGUGAAGCUUUGUGUAAUGCUGUGUCAGUGUCGUGGAUCCUGUGUUGGGGACUUGCCUUCAUCAGGCUGUUGGUGACACACUGUGCCAGCCAGGUGGCUGAGCAGGGAUGGCUCUGCUGGUGUCCCAAGCAUCUGAAAUCCCAGGAGGGCUGUAGGUGAACUUGUCUUUUUUUUUCUGAUUGUUGCUGCUGGGUUUGGUAGAAUGGCUUCUGCGUCCUUGGUUUGCCAGCAGCCUGGGGAGCUGCUGACGAAGUCCAGCAGGUUAUUUAUGCCGGGUGUCAGGAGGCUGGGUGGCCCCGGAGCAGGGAGCCCAGCUGUACGUGUGCCAGCCCUCUGCCAGGGGUGACAAGAGCGUAAAUCCUGCUCUCGGAGGAGUGCAUCCAUCAGGGUGAGCAGUGAAAUGGAAAUAUGGGCUCACUCCAAAGAGAGAGGGAUGUUGAGGGUGUGGGCGAAAUCUCCUUUCGGAGGAAGGAGGGAGGAAGCCGGGCUGCCCGUGCUGUCCCUCAGGCUCCCGUGGCGCUGCACGCUCCACAGCGAUUGUAGCCAAGGAACCGUGUCACUUCCCGCACCUGAGGCUGGCUCUUGGGGACCAGUAGUACCGUGUGCUCAUCCUUUUGCUGUCGUGCUGUGGGAAAUGCUUGAAAUGCAGCAGUUCACCGAUGCUCUGUGAAAUGCUCAUUUUCCUUAGAAUAUUUUGGGCAGCCAGCCAGGUCAAGAACUGCUGUGUGCAAGACCUGGCCAAGUCAUCAGGGAAGAGCUCAAGGAGCCCGUAGGGGACGUGCUCCAAACCUUGGUGCCCUCCGAGUCCCGUCUGAAACUCUGCUGGCUGCUUGUGCCUUUGGGGUGAUGUUUUGCAGCAGGCUUGGGGGGUCAGAGCAGGUUUCAGAGGUCAGCGAUGGCAGGCGGCUGGAUGUGCUCGUUCCACAGCCAGGCUGUGAGUGCAGGCUCUCCCACGUCUUAAUCUCCGUUGAAAGCCACUUAAAAAGCCCCUCUGAUGUGGGGAGGGAGAGCUGGGCUGCAGCAGUCGUUCUGAGUCCAUAUUAAUCAAAAAUCCACUGUCUUGAGAAAGGGAGCCCUGUGUUUUACUGUCCUAAAUGCCCAGAGUUUACUUUUUUUCCCUUUUCACAUUUAUAUAUGAAGAGCGAGGAACUAUAGGGACCAGCAAUCAGUAAAUAAAUGUCCCUCCUUAAAGACUCUUUAAAUUUAAUGUACAUUUUUAGCUUAAGACACGCUUCCUGCUUUAUCCAUGAAAGCUGGUUUGAAGCAAAAGCUGUUGUGUGAGGGAACCCUGGAAAAUCUGCCCAAGUCUUGGCUUUUUAGGGCUGAGGGAACGCUGGGUGACCUUCAGAGUAGGACCAAAGUACCCCCUGCCCAACAUCGGUGUACCAUGGGUGCACGCACACAUCCAGACCUCUACUGCGAUGAAUUCCCUGUAUUUGUAUCAUCUUCACUGACCUUCCCUACACCCAGAUGCUGAUUUAGGAAAAGGAGUAGGCCGUGGGGGCACGCAUGAUGCUUGGAGCAGCCACCUGGGGGUCCUUUGUGCCUCCUGCACUCGGGUUUGAGCAUCAGCCUGGGCUGGCCAGGGCUGUUUGCAGGGUUAUUUUUCUCCACUGUGUGUUACACUGGCACCUGUCUCAGCGCUGCGGGUGCUUCCCAUUGCUGCAUGGCCCAGGGCAGAAGUGAGAGGGUCAGAUUUGAAUAAAUUCAGAAAAAUUCUGUUAACUGAUGCAAGCGAACUUCUCUAUUUCCUUCCUGCUUUCUUGAGUGCCUGCCAAGUUACGCUGCGUACAAACCACUGCUUUUCCCGGGGCGUAGCUCAGCGCUGACUGCCUUCCCCCUGCCUGCUGCUUGGACUCAACUCUCGCUGGACCAACCCCGCUGCUUCACUCAUCAGGCUCCGUCGCCGCGUUGUCGCGACGCUGUUGGUCGGGAUAGAGGCAGAGUUUAGUGGGAGCCAGUCUCGAAGCCAACGCACACUAGUGUGCCAUUUCGGAGGGGUUUAUAGCCAAACCGAUGACGCUUGCAGACUUCAUUAGGCUUGUUGCAUGAGAAGGUAGAUGUUUGUCCUCUCCCACGUAUUGUAACUGUUCUUUUACAAUGGAGUGCCUUAAUACUAGUUUACAAAUACUGUGUAUUUGUGCUGAGCUGUUAAACUGCUGUUUGCUGUUCUGGGUGGGUUGUUUUUUUUUUGUUUUUCGUUUUUUUGGUGCUUUUGGUGUUUCCAGUGGCAGUGAGACCGUUACUACUUCUGCAUAUCGACCUCCUGUCCCUGCUGAGCUCAGCGCUUCAACCACUUCCCUUCUGCUCUGUACAUGGCAAAACCAAAGGGCUGUGUCGCGAUGCCGCCGCGCCAGCUGCAGCUCCUGGUGGCCCCAUUUAUUUAUCUAUGCAUUGCUGCAGUACCACGGGCAGGGGGUGUCUGGGGAGACCUCCCAUCACCGGCCAGCUGCGCUUUUACUCAGCGGAUUGCCAGGUGUGAAUCCAAACCCAGUCCCAUUUUGCCAGAAAAGCCCGAUAUGCACAAAACUGGCACCUUAUUUCCAGCCCAGGCUCUGUCAGUCUGUGCAAUAGCAAUAGCCGUCCUGGCUGUCCUCUCUGUGACAGUGGGGGUUGGCUCGGCCGUGUCCCCCUUGCAGGUAUCACCCGCACUUUGCUGGGGAGCCGGCUCCCAGCCUGGGAGGUGGAGGCUGUCCCGGUUAAACCGUGACCACAGACCCGGAGAGGAGGGGUGGGUGAGUAACGUGUAGCUGUUCCAGUGCGUUGCUGUAAUUGAUGAUAACAGUGUUCCUUUGAUUUCAUGGUAUUUCUUAAUUCUGGUUUUAUAUUUAAAUAUGCAGUAUCUUUUGUACUGUACGUGCGCGGUAGGGGAUGCAUAAUGCACUUUUUUUUACUUUUGUUUGUAAAAAUGUACUGUAUAUUUUAUGUGCUUCUUGUGAGAAAAAUAAACUUUUUUUUGUUUUCCUUUUACAAA